AGGAGAGCGAGGAAAGGCAAAAGGGUAGGAGAGAGAGAGAGAGAGAGCGAAAGGGCGUUCCCUGUGCGCUUUAGCAAUAAUGAUCACGGGCACGAGGACGACGACGACCACAACGGAGAGGACGUCUCCUCUCCUUCAUCAUUCCUUUCCCCUCGCCGACUCCCUUCCCACCGACUCCUCCUCUUCCUCCUCUGGCGGUGGCGCCGCCGGUAAUGGUGGCCUCACCACCACCAUCACCACCGCUGUACUCAAGAAGGGCCCCUGGACGUCCUCCGAGGAUGCCAUACUCGUCGCUUACGUGAACAAGCACGGGGAGGGCAAUUGGAACGCCGUGCAGAAGAACUCGGGUCUCUCCCGCUGCGGCAAGAGCUGCCGCCUCCGCUGGGCCAACCACCUCCGCCCCAACCUCAAAAAGGGAGCCUUCUCCCCCGAGGAGGAGCGCCUCAUCCUCGAGUUGCACGCCAAGCUCGGCAACAAAUGGGCUCGUAUGGCCGCCCAAUUGCCAGGGCGCACGGACAACGAGAUUAAGAACUAUUGGAACACACGGAUUAAGAGGAGGCUAAGGGCAGGGCUCCCUCUGUACCCGCCUGAUAUCCAACGCCAUUUGUCGACCCAACCCUCCUUGACAUCGCCGUCCGCUGCCAACAAUGCUACUGUAACCGCCUUUCCUCCCAUGGCGUCUAACUUGAACUGCCUCAAGCCACAGCCCUCGCUCACCAUCUUCGACAAUCAACGUCUACCGCUGUCUGGUGGUCUCCCCCACGUUCCGUCUGCUCUUAUACCGGCAAGCCGAUUCAAGAACUUCCGGAGCGAAGGACUCGAAUUGGGCCUACCAUUUUCCGGCAAGUGCCUCCAGCCCCUACCAGUGGCAAUGCCGACUCCGGAAGCGCAGCAAUUCCGUAACGUCCGCGGUGAGGACGUCCUGGGGCUCGAUACUGUACUCCGAGGCGUGACCACACCGUAUGAUCCUGACCCGAUUGCCGGGAAGCUGCCGUUCACAUUCGAUGUGAAAAUGGAGCUCCCUUCAAGCCAACUACCAGAGGCCGCUGGCCAAACGUGUCCCCAGUUCUUCUUCGACGGCGGCGGAAUUGAGAGCUCUAUGAAACCAGGGCCAGCGCCCGUGUCAUCGCCGGAAGCUCUCGAUAGGUCCAACAGCGGUUUGUUGGAUGCCAUGCUGCAGGAAGUUCAGGUUCUCAAUAGAAACGAAAUUCAGAAAACGCCGGAAUUCGGGGCCGGAAAGUUGUGUGACUGGUCCAACGGGAAGGUUGUGGCCGAUAGUGGAGCGGAUGGUCGAUGGGAUGCUUCGAGCUCAGUUGGAAAUGUCAAAAUAAAAAAGGAAGCAGGGCCUGAUGAAUGUUUGCCAAUGGACGACGAGUUCUCUUCACUGCUUGACUUUAUGCCGUCAUCCACUGCAGCAUCUCUCCCAGACUGGUACGGCCGAUCCAGCGAGGAGGCCAGAGGGGUACCCAGUGAGCAAUCAGGGUUGACAGCCUCCCCAGAAGCCGCACUCGCAGACGAACUUGGCAUCGAUAUGCAGCAACUCCCUUCGUCGCGCCCGGCUUCAGAUCAGCUAUGGGGCCUUAGUUCAUGUCCUUGGAACAACAUGCCUGGAAUCUGCUGAAGACUGAUUUGAUCUUGGAAUGGGAGGUCCACUCACUGCCUGGUUCAGGUCUUCAUCUGAGCGCAGUGCUGCAUAUUGGUAAUUUGUAUUGAGUAUUCUUGGAACUCCCACAACCUCUUUGAUAAUGUGAAUUCACUCCCUGGAAUGUAGACUUUUCCCAUGACAUAGUUAUUUUAGCAUGUUCUACUUGGGAUUUCUUGUCUGUUCCUUGUCAAACUAAAGGGAGAUAAGAAAAUGACAAAUUUAGGGGUAUGGACUAAAGAUGUAGUGGAUUCCCACCUAAAUAUGGCAAAAGAUGACGAUAUAGGACUGCACCGCCAAG